CUCUUCUCCGCAGGUAGAAACAACGACGAAUAUUAUCCCUUUCGAUCGCAAACCGACGGUGAGCUUGGGUGUAGCCCCAGGACCCAGCCUUUGCCAGUGAGUCUCCCUCCUUGCAGCACAUCAUGGCAGACAAGUCGAGCAAUGUGCUGAAAAGGCUACACCCCGAAGACCAUGAUCUCGAUGGGCAGAAGCGAGCCAGAGCCAACGAUGGUUCGCCUCGCCCUACGACACCCUCGGGCGGCGCGCCGGCUGCAAAGCCCGACAUGAGUCAUAUCAUUGCACAGGCAAGAGCGAGGGCAGAGGCACUGAAAGCAAGGAUCCAAGGAGCAACAGGCUCUCCUGCACCCUCAAGUGCGGCACCGACUCCUCCAGCGCCGAGCGACAGGAUUGCAGCCUUGAAGGCUCGAGUGGCUGCGGCAACGAGUAGAUCAACAGCACUCAGUCAGCAGAAGGCUCCUGCCGCUCAGAGCUACAGCCCACCUGUUUACGGUGACGAGACACCCCGGGCACGCGGUGGUCUGGACAUUGGUUUACAUCCUGCGCUCCUGGCAGAUACCCAACAAGAUGUUUCAAGAAACAAGACCCGAACUCCACAAUCGAGAUUCGGCAAUCGCGGAAGAGACUCAUUUGCAGCAACACCUGAAAAGGCACAGCUAGACCUCUCUGGCCCGUCUUUCGAAGAGCUGAAGGAGAACCCAUAUUUUGACCCAACCCUUGGGCCGAAGAAUGUGGUGGCCAAAGGACGACAAUCUCGACAGCUAGUCUUCAACGAAAAGGGCAAAUACAUUGCACAAGCCGCCGCUCUUCGCCGGCAAGCCCAACUAGAGGAGACGAAGAGGAAGAUCGCAGAGCGCACCCGUCUCGCCGGCCUAGAGGAGGACCUGAACGCAGAAAGAGGCUUCCUCGUACCAGCACCUCCCGACCUAGAAUGGUGGGACGAAGGACUCGUCGACGGCUCUUCCUACGAUGUCAUCGAGGACCCAUCCAAACUGAAGAUCGAUACCCCCGACUCCAUCAUCACAAUCUACAUCCAGCACCCCGUCCUGAUCGAGCCGCCCCAGGAGAAGAACAACCCCGCUCCAAAACCCAUGUACCUCACGCAAAAAGAGCAAGCCAAACUGCGCCGCCAAAGACGUCAAGCCGACCUCAAGGAAAUCCAAGCCAAGAUUCGGUUGGGCCUAGAACCUCCUCCACCACCCAAAGUCAAGAAGAGCAACCUAAUGCGCGUUCUGGGCGAAGAAGCAGUCAAAGACCCCACCGCGGUCGAAGCCCGCGUCAACCGCGAGAUCGCCGAACGUCAGCACAAGCACGAAGAGACCAACGAGACGCGCAAACUCACCAAGGAGCAAAAAGCCGAGAAACUCGCUGCGCAGCAAGAACAAGACGCCGCCCACGGCAUUCACGUGCGCGUCUACAAGAUCGACAGCUUGGCCAACGGCCGACACCGCUUCCAAGUCUCCAAAAACGCCGAGCAACAGGCCCUCACCGGCGUGGUCAUCAUGCACCCGAAGAUGAAUUUGGUGGUCGUUGAGGGCGGCGAGCACUCGGUCCGCAAGUACGAUGCGCUCCUGCAGAACCGCAUCAAGUGGCAGGAAAUGGAGGCUCCGCGUGCCGUGGAGGAAGGCAACCGCGAGGUGCUGGCAAAGUGGCUUGAAGCUGAGGAUGAGAAUGGCGAAUUGAAGGACCUCAGUAUGAAUAAUUGCGACUUGAUUUUCAAGGGCGAGGCGAAGCAGCGCAGCUUUCGUAAGUGGUUGGGUGCGCGGACUUGCGAGACAGAUACGCAGGCCAAGGACGUGUUGAGCCGUGCGAAGAUGGAGAAUUUCUGGAACUUGGCCAAGAGCUUCAAGAGGGAAUUCUACUAGAUAUUGCUCAGACUAUGGCGUGAUGAAGGAGUGGUAGACACCAAUGGUCAAAUGUUAAGACAUUGCUGGCUUAGAUGCAGAGAAAUGGCAGUAUAUUCAGAUAACAGUUAUCGACAACAGACCCCUGUCCGGUCUGUCUAUCAGCUGGACGCACUGUACUC